AUGCGCUGCACUUCUUUUGUCGCUCUCGCUUCCGUUCUCGCAGUGGCUUCCGCUGCUCCUUCUGAGCUUCAGGCUCGCAAGAACGUCGACCGUCCCGACCCAGCCAACCUCGACCAUUGUCCAGGUCGUCCUACUGGCGAUGCAGACGCUUGUACCUUCGAAAAACAGGGCGACCUCCCUAACCGCCGCAGAUGGUUCCAACUCGGAACUCCAGUUGCAAACUGCGAUAACCCAAACGCACCCCCACUUUCAACUGACGUUGGUGGUGAAAAGACAGUGACCGAAACUUGGGAACACACCGAUAAAGCCGAAAUCAACCUCUUUGGUAUCAAAAUCGGAGGAGAGGGCGGCUGGUCUGAGGCAAAGUCCCAAACGGAACGUCAGUUUAUAACUGUCCAGGUUCCAGCAGGAAAGCAGCGUGUGGCUGUUGUGGGUAUUGAUCAUAAGGAGAGUUCUGGUAGGAUUCGCAUCAACUAUGGUGACCCUAGCGGAGAACCUGGCAAGAACGACUACCAUUACAUUUGGUAUGCCAAUGAUAUUGUAUCAUCCCAGCCAACAAAUGAUGUGGAGUUUGAUGCGAAGGAGAUCAACUGUGGGGAGUCUUUGGAUGUUUCAAAGCUAUGA